UGGCCGGCCACACAAUCUUCUCUUAGCGUUCACAUGCCUCAUAAUCUCUUGUAACAGCUUACAAAACCCUCCAACCCACCAAUCCAUGAGCUUCAAUUCUUUCUUUCACUGAGAGAAAGUGAAGGAAAGUAUGAGACAAGCAGGGACGUAUUCAGGAAUAUUGAAUGGUGGGAUGUCAGGGAGAACUGGGCCACACUUGUUGCCCUUGGCCAGGAUCAAGAAGAUCAUGAAGAGGUCUGGGGAGGAUGUGAAGAUGAUAUCUGGGGAGGCUCCGAUUAUUUUCUCAAAGGCCUGUGAGCUGUUCAUAGAGGAGUUAACUCAGAGGUCGUGGAAGGUGACACUGCAGGGAAAGAGGAGGACACUUCACAAGGAAGAUGUUGCCUCUGCGGUUAUUGCUACUGAUGUCUUUGAUUUUCUUGUCAACGUGGUGUCUAAGUCUGGUGCUAACUCUGAGGAUACUCCUGUGGUGAUGGAGAGAUGAUGGGAAUGCAUGUCUUGGAAAAACUUUCUUUCACUUUCCUUCAUUUUCUUGAGUUUGCGUUUGUUAAUUCUGAGUAUUCCUAAUGUUGUACAAGCAUGGGAUUUUAUGAUAAUCAUCCCAAAAGCCUUCAUCACUA